GUUGCAACUGUCUGUAAACAAAAAUUGGGGAGAAAGAAGACAGAAUCAGUUGUUGUUUUCCGACCAAAUUUGUAUUUUAGGAUCAGGAAUGAGGGUUCCAAGAACUGAGAUUGAAGCUCAAGUUCUACACAAGAAACUUAAAGGAAUCAAUGGAUUGAAGCUGAAGAUGGGGAAACUAGUGAAUGCUGAGCAAAAUACAGGCUUUUCUUUUUGAUAUCUGUCCAUAAAUACCGGAGAUAACCGAGGGAAUAUUUUUAAACCGUGCUUAGACUAAUGGGUCGAUUAAGGGCCCAUUUAAAUCUUACUAUGCCCGUCUUAUCUCCGUAAUUAAUUUUCCCGGUCUCACGCGUUCAAAAUAAUGUCCGUUACCACGAAGAAUCGUUUCUUCUCACUUUCUCUUUCUAAAAAAACUGCUUAUUUAGAGAGAGAGCCAAAGCGAAAGCGACAAUCCCUAGAUGGCGCCGAUGAAGCUCAAAUCAAACUUGAAGCAGCUUAAACUCUCCGUUCCAGCUCAAGAAACCCCAAUCUCUUCCUUCUUGACUGCAAGUGGAACGUUUCACGAUGGAGAUUUUCUACUGAACCAGAAGGGGCGGAGGCUGAUCUCUGAUGAGAAGCAAUCAACGCCAUCUGAUAGCAAGGAGCUUGAUUUUGAAAUCACUGCUGAAGACUUGGAGACUGUGAAAGUCAUCGGGAAAGGUAGCGGUGGAGUUGUUCAGUUAGUUCGGCAUAAAUGGGCUGGCAAACUAUUUGCUAUGAAGGUCAUACAGAUGAACAUACAAGAAGAAAUCCGAAAGCAAAUUGUGCAGGAGCUCAAGAUAAACCAAGCAUCGUCUCAGUGUCCACAUGUGGUUGUCUGCUACCACUCUUUCUAUCACAAUGGAGCCUUUUCCCUUGUGCUUGAGUAUAUGGACCGUGGAUCUCUUGCGGAUGUGAUUCGACAAGUGAAGACUAUUCUCGAGCCUUACCUUGCUGUUGUCUGUAAACAGGUUUUGCAAGGACUUGUGUACCUUCACAACGAAAGACAUGUCAUACACAGAGACAUUAAACCAUCAAACCUUCUUGUCAACCAUAAAGGAGAAGUUAAAAUCUCAGAUUUUGGUGUCAGUGCAAGCCUUGCUAGCUCCAUGGGACAGAGGGAUACAUUUGUUGGAACCUACAACUAUAUGUCGCCUGAGAGGAUCAGUGGAAGCGCAUAUGACUACAGCAGCGACAUCUGGAGUUUGGGCAUGUCAGUGUUAGAAUGUGCAAUAGGAAGAUUCCCUUAUUUAGAAUCCGAAGAUCAGCAAAACCCGCCUAGCUUUUAUGAGCUUUUGGCAGCAAUCGUAGAAAAUCCACCACCAACUGCUCCUUCUGAUCAGUUCUCACCUGAGUUCUGCUCCUUUGUAUCAGCCUGCAUACAGAAAGAUCCUCCAGCAAGAGCUUCAUCCUUGGACCUCUUGAGUCAUCCAUUCAUAAAAAAGUUCGAGGACAAGGAUAUUGAUCUGGGGAUACUUGUCGGCACUUUGGAUCCACCUGUUAACUACCUUAGAUAAGUAAUAAGUAAAACUCCUCCUCUCUUCUUCUGCAUUCUGGUGUAUGAUAUGAUAAGAUGCAUGAUGUGUAAUGUGUCUCUAAAGUUUACAAUUACUUGAUGAUCAAAAUUGAACGAGAUUUUAUUAUCUAUAGUCUUCUUCCUUUAAUAUGAAAUAUACACUUUUUGGUCGAA